UCCACAAUGGAAGAGAGCGACAUUUUUGCAACGACAGUGGGGUUGGAUGAGGCGCAGCUCAAGGCUGGGUUCGAUGAGGGUUUCGCGGAGGGAGUGAUCGCCGGGGAGAUCGAGGGCCGCGAAGUAGGGCUCAAGAUAGGAUUCCAGGUGGGCGAGGAGCUGGGAUUCUACGGUGGCUGCGCGCAGCUGUGGAUUUCGCUGCUUCAGAGGGACGAAUCGGCUUUUUCGGCGAGGGCCGCGCGGGGAAUCCAGCAGCUGAGGGAUCUCGUGAGGGAUUACCCCGUGCUGGAUCACCAGAACGAGCAGCUCCAGGAGAAGCUCGACGCAAUCCGGGCGAAGUUUAGGGCAGUGAGUUCCAUGGUGGGUGUCAAGCUUGACUACCAGGGAAUGCCGAGUGCUGGAAGCGAUGGAAGAUCCUUCUAGGGUUUUGGAGCAGGGGUUUUAGCUGCUAGG